UUGGGUUGAACAUCACUGUAACAGUGUGAUACCAGAUCAAACCUUGGCAACUCAAGAAUUCUCAUCUGAAAUGUGGUCCUAAAUCCAUUGAUGGAUUUUGUAAAUCUUUUCACAGGAUAAAAAUGAGAAGGAAUUUGUCACCGGGAAUCUCAAACACAGUCCGCCAGUUUUGCUGUCUCUGUCUGGAUAUUUAAGAAGUGGAGCAAGGAUAUUCAAUCAACCAUCCUUCCUGCUCAGACUGUGGGGAGGGAUUUAUUCGGUCAUCUCAACUGAAGGUACAUCAGCAAGUUCACACUGGGCAGGGCCAUUCACCUGUUCUGUGUGUGAAAAAGGAUUCAGUUGGUCUUCCCGCCUGUGGACACACCAGUCAGUUCACACCACACCGGGCGGAGGCUGGUCAUCUGUUGAAUUUCUGGGAAAGGAUUCACUCAGUCAUUUGACCUAAUGGCUCACCAGCAAGUUCACACUGGGGAGAAGCCAUUCACCUGUUCAGUCUGUGGGAAGGGAUUCACUCAGUCAUCCGCCCUACAGAGACAUCAGCGAGCUCACACUGGGGAGAAGCCAUUCACCUGCUCAGUCUGUGCGAAGGGAUUCACUCAGGCAUCCAACCUACGGAGACAUCAGCGAGUUCACACUGGGGAGAAGCCAUUCACCUGCUCAGAAUGUGGGAAAGGAUUCAGUGAGUUAUCCAACCUACUGGUACAUCAGCGAGUUCACACUGGGGAGAAGCCGUUCACCUGCUCAGAAUGUGGGAAAGGAUUCAGUGAGUUAUCCAGCCUACUGAGACAUCGGCGAGUUCACACUGGGGAGAAGCCGUUCACCUGCUCAGAAUGUUGGAAAGGAUUCAGUGCUUUAUCCAGCCAACUGAGACAUCGUCGAGUUCACACUGGGGAAAAGCCAUUCACCUGCUCAGAAUGUGGGAAAGGAUUUACUGAUUCAUCCACCCUACAGAGUCAUCAGCGACUUCACACUGGGGAGAAGCCGUACACCUGUUCAGAAUGUGGGAAGAGUUUUACUCAGUUAUCCCAAGUACAGAGUCAUCUGCGAGUUCACACUGGGGAGAGGCCAUUCACCUGCUCAGACUGUGGGAGCAGAUUCACUCAUUUAUCCAGCCUACAGAGACAUCAGCGAGUUCACACUGGGGAGAAGCCGUACAUCUGCUCAGAAUGUGGAAAGGGAUUCAUUCAGUUAUCCCACCUACAGAGUCAUCAGCGAGUUCACACUGGGGAGAAGCCGUUCACCUGUUCAGAAUGUGGGAAGAGAUUUAAUCAGUCAUCUAACCUACUGGUACACCAGCGAGUUCACACUGGGGAGAAGCCGUUCACCUGCUCAGAGUGUGGGAAAGGAUUUACACAGUCAUCUGCCCUACUGGUACAUCAGCGAGUUCACACUGGGGAGAAGCCGUUCACCUGUUCAGUCUGUGAGAAGGGAUUCACUCAGUUAGCUACCCUACUGAAACACCAGCGAGUUCACACUGGGGAGAAGCCGUUCACCUGCUCAGUCUGUGGGAAGGGAUUCUCUGACUCUUCCACCCUUCUGAUUCAUCAGCGAGUUCACACUGGGGAGAGGCCGUUCAGCUGCUCCAAAUGUGGGAAGGGAUUCACUCAGUCAUCCCACCUACGGAGUCACCAGCGAGUUCACUCCGAGGCGAAGCCAUUCACCUGCUCAAUUUGUGGAAAGGGAUUCACUCACUCAUUUGACCUUAUGGCUCACCAGCGAGUUCACACUGGGGAGAAGCCAUUCACCUGUUCAGUCUGUGGGAAGGGAUUCACUCAGUCAUCCAACCUACGGAGUCCCCAGCGAGUUCACACUGGGGAGAGGCCGUUCACCUGUUCAGAAUGUGAGAAGAGAUUCACUCAGUCAUCCAACCUACGGAGUCCCCAGCGAGUUCACACUGGAGAGAGGCGCUUCACCUGCUCAGUCUGUGGGAAGAGAUUCACUCAUUCAUCCGCCCUACAGAGACAUCAGCGAGCUCACACUGGGGAGAAGCCGUUCACCUGCUCAGUCUGUGCGAAGGGAUUCACUCGGUCAUCCAACCUACUGGUACAUCAGCGAGUUCACACUGGGGAGAAGCCAUUCACCUGCUCAGAAUGUGGGAAAGGAUUCAGUGAGUUAUCCAACCUACUGGUACAUCAGCGAGUUCACUCUGGGGAGAAGCCAUUCACCUGCUCAGUCUGUGCGAAGGGAUUCAGUCGGUCAUCCAACCUAAGGAGACAUCAGCGAGUUCAUACUGGGGAGAAGCCAUUCACCUGCUCAGAAUGUGGGAAAGGAUUCAGUGAGUUAUCCAUCCUACUGGUACAUCAGCGAGUUCACACUGGGGAGAAGCCAUUCACCUGCUCAGAAUGUGGGAAAGGAUUCAGUGAUUUAUCCAGCCAACUGAGACAUCAGCGAGUUCACACUGGGGAGAAGCCAUUCACAUGCUCAGAAUGUGGGAAAGGAUUCAGUGAGUUAUCCAGCCUACUGAGACAUCAGCGAGUUCAUACUGGGGAGAAGCCAUUCACCUGCUCAGAAUGUGGGAAAGGAUUCAGUGAGUUAUCCACCCUACAGAGACAUCAGCGACUUCACACUGGGCAGAAACCGUUCACCUGUUCAGAAUGCGGGAAGAGAUUCACUCAGUCAUCCCACCUACAGAGUCAUCUGCCAGUUCACACUGGGGAGAGGCCAUUCACCUGCUCAGACUGUGGGAAAGGAUUCACUCUGAUAUCCCGCCUACAGAGACAUCAGCGAGUUCACACGGGGGAGAAGCCGUUCAACUGCUCAGACUGUGGGAAGGGAUUCACCCAGUCAUCCGACCUACGGAGUCACCAGCGAGUUCACACAGGGGAGAAGCCAUUCACCUGCUCAGUCUGUGGGAAGAGAUUCACUGUGUCAUCCCACCUACAGAGUCAUCAGCGAAUUCACACUGGGGUGAAGCCGUUCACCUGUUCAGAAUGUGGGAAGGGAUUCACUCAGUCAUCCAACCUACGGAGUCAUCAGCGAGUUCACACUGGAGAGAGGCCGUUCACCUGCUCAGAAUGUGGGAAGAGAUUCACUCAUUCAUCCGCCCUACAGAGUCACCAGCGAGCUCACACUGGGGAGAAGCCGUUCAUCUGCUCAGAAUGUGGGAAGAGAUUCACUCAUUCAUCCGCCCUACAGAGACACCAGCGAGCUCACACUGGGGAGAAGCCGUUCAUCUGCUCAGAAUGUGGGAAGGGAUUCACUGAGUCAUCCUACCUACAGAGACAUGAGAGUGUUCACACUGGUGAAAAGCCGUUCAAUUGCACAGAAUGUGGGAAACGGUUCACUCUGUCAUCCAACCUUCUGAAACACCAGCGAGCUCACACUGGGGAGAAGCCGUUCAUCUACUCAGAAUGUGGGAAGAGAUUCACUCAUUCAUCCGCCCUACAGAGACACCAGCGAGCUCGCACUGGGGAGAAGCCGUUCCUCUGCUCAGAAUGUGGGAAGAGAUUCACUCGCUCAUCCGACCUGCAGAGUCAUCAGCGAGUUCACACUGGAGAGAAGCCAUUCCCCUGCUCAGAAUGUGGGAAGAGGUUCAGUCACUCACGCUCCCUGCAGAGACACCAGUCAGUUCACACUGGGGAGAAGCCGUUCAUCUGCUUAGUCUGUGGGAAGAGAUUCACUGAGUCAUCCAGAUUACUGGAACAUCAGCGAGUUCACACUGGGGAGAAGCCGUUCAUCUGCUUAGUCUGUGGGAAGAGAUUCAAUAACUCAUCCAGAUUGCUGGAACAUCAGCGAGCUCACACUGGAGAGAGGCCAUUCACCUGCUCAGAAUGUGGGAAGAGAUUCACUCACUCUUCCACACUACAGAGACAUCAGCGAGUUCACACUGGAGAGGAGCCAUUUACCUGCUGAGAAUGUGGGAUAGGAUUCACUCAGUCAUUCCAACUGCUGGCACACCAGUCAGUUGAUAUGAAUC